AUGAAGAAGUACUUAAAAGUAAUAAAGGUUUUGAUUGUAAUAUAAGGGUAACAAUUUGUUUUAUAUUUGAUUUAUGUUCUAUGAUAUACGUUGUUAUUCAUAUUAAUAUGACGAUUUGCAUUUUCCCACGUUUUGGGUGUGUCUUAUUGUUAUUUCUAUCGAUUUGUACUUUUUUGAUUAUUAUUUCUAUUGAUUUAAAGAUUCUCAAUAUUUGAAUAAUUGAUUUUAGGCUAUGACAACGUCACCCACUGCUAAUGUGGAUGCUACUGACUUCUAUGAAGUGUUAGGUGUGCAGAAGAACGCCACUGAGCAGGAAAUCAAGAAUGUAUACAGGAAAUUGGCACUGAAGUAUCAUCCAGAUAGGAAUCCGGGCAACGAACAAGGUGGGUUCAGAUUAUUUGUUAUUAUUUAGGUAACAAUCACUGAAAGUUUUAUUACUUAAAGUAUAUUAAAUCAUAAUUUGAAAAUUUGUAUUUUUGGUUGUUUAAAUUUCUAAUAAGUUUUUUUAGCUCAGGAAACCUUUAAGAAGAUAUCGAUUGCUUACACUGUACUGUCAGAUCCGAACAAACGAAGACAGUAUGAUUUGUACGGUGUGAAAGAGAAUGCUAAUGAUUUCGAUGGUGUCGACCUCUCAGAACUUGGUGGUAUGGGACGCUUCUUUGGUGCAAUGUUCAGUAAACUUGGGGUACCAAUACCAACAGUCAUAGGCCCAAAAGUAUUGGGACAAGCACGAGACUUGUGUACAGGAAAAGACGAGAAAAGUGCAAGGACACUUCAGCCAGGUGUUUGGAUGUCAGAUGCUGUCAGCACACAAGAUGCCCAUUUUUACCGGAUUCAGAUGGCUCCAGAAUGGCAACAGAACGGAGUUAUUAUAAAGUGCAAGACUUUCAGUGGAAGCAAGUUCAAGUUGGUGCUGUUUGACAAAGAAGGUAGGUGACUAAACUUUGUUUUAUUGUUAGUUUAGGAUUAAAACUGCGUUAUACGGUAGUUAUUCAUUGUUUUUUUCAAUGUAAAUAUAACAAAUAUUGUUUUAGGAGGAGUGCGAAUGAUCAGAGAAGGCCAGAAGAAGAAGAAUUCAGUCACUGCCGAGUUUUAUUUUGUGCCAUUUUCUCGUGUUCACAUUGGAGAGUUCAUUCCUAUGAAGUUUUAUCUCGAGGACAAGGAUACGCCUUUAACUUUCCAUUACUUAGACGCUCUUGAAACUGAAGGUAGGUGGUUAAAUGUAUGAAAAUCGAGGAAUAUUAUUUGAUUAAAAGUUGGUUCUUUCAAGUUUAAAUGUUAUUGUUUUAGGUUGUAAUGCCUUGGAGGCUCGAGAUCAUUAUCUCUGUGUUUAUGGGGAUAACUUCUUCCAAUCGGUCAAGUACAAGUUGUUGUUCUUACCUCUAAACAGACAAUGUGGGGAUGUUAUUAACGAGAUUAGUCUCCUGGAACCAGCACUAACUCAAAAACGAACUGAAAUGACGACUUUCCAACGAGAAUAUAUGGAAAUAAAGAAAAAGUAAGUUACUAUUAGGUUACUCUAUUGCAUGCAAAUUAUUUAGUUUUUAGUGUAAAUUGUUUUGGUAUGUAAUGAAUUGUUUUAGAUAUGAAGAAAACAAAGAAAGGCUGAAGCGAGAAGAUGAAGACAUUCUGAAGCAGCUGCAGUUAAGAGACGAAGCCUACGAACGGCUACACCAUGUCGCUAUGGGCGAUUACGAAGACAAGACAGUCACCCCGAGUAAAAGUAGUGGCGGUCUUUUUGGUUUCUUCAAGUCAUAA